GCAACUAACAUUCAUUUCCCAAAAAACCAGAGAACUCAAACACUCUCAACAAUGGCGCCCGUUUCCAUUUUCUCUCUCCUCACUUUAGCUCUCUUCUUUCCUCAAUCAUCCGCCAUUUCCGACGAAACUGUCAAGAACGCCGCUGAAAUUCUCUCAGACUCCGGCUUCAAUUCCAUGUCUCUCACCCUCCCUUUCAUCACCCAAACCCUCAUCUCCGCCGUACCUUCCGCCACUCUAUUUACUCCCUCCGACUCUUCUUUUUCUCUCUCAUCCUCUGCCUCCUCCGCAGCCGGACAACCCUCCCUCUCUCUCUUACAAUUCCACUUCUGCCCUCGCUACUACUCCUUCGUCGACCUCCAAUCUCUCUCUCCCGCCGCCGAAAUCCCCACCCUCCUUCCUAACAAAUCCCUCACCAUUACCUCCUCCGAAUUCGACGAUGACGUCUCCAUUGAUGGCGUCAAGCUCAAUAGCUCACCCAUCUUCGACGACGGAUUCUUCGUCAUCUUCCAAAUCGAGCGAUUCUUCAACCCUAACCUCACCGUCGCAACUACCGAUUUGAGUCCCAGUCCAAUCUCGAAUUCUCCGGAGUGCGCUGCCUUAUCCCCUCGCUCCAGCAAGUACGCCGAAGCUUCCGCUUCUCUUAGGUCAAGUGGCUACUCAGUAAUGGCGGCAUUCCUCGAUCUACAGUUAACCAAAUUCGGCGACGACAACGAAAAAACCCUAACUAUCUUCGCUCCAACUGAUUCAUCCAUGGAGAGGCAUUUUGGUAAUAAUUACAGCGAAUGGGGGUCACUUUUCCUGAGGCAUGUGGUUGGGUGUGAGCUGAGUUGGGGCGAUUUAAUUGGUCAGCUUGAUUCUGGGUUUGUUCUUCCCACUUUCUUGAAAGGGUUUCAGAUCAAUAUUAGUCGCAGUAAUGUUCACAAUUCUGCAUAUUCUUUGAUUCUCAAUGGUGAAGUUGCUGUGGAUUCUCCUGAAUUGUAUCGAAAUGAUGGGAUUGUUGUUCAUGGAUUGAGCGGGGUUUUGGCUGCACCUACUGUGAAAUCCGGUUACAAUCAGAGAGAAAAUGGUCACUCCCUUGCUGAUCAUAUCGAGUUUUGAUUGGUGUCGACUCGGCGUGUUAUGAUGAUCUUAACUCAGUGAGUCUAUUGAGUUCUUGAUGAUUCGGUAUUAUGUACAAUUUCAGAGUCUUGAUAAUGGAGUAUUUUCCUUGCAAUUUGUUGUGAUUGAUGUAAAUAAACAUCAUUUUACAGAAAUGUGAUUUUAACUUUGGUGGUUCGAAGUUGUAAUUGGUCAUGUUAAUGAUGAGUAUAAUGAUGUAUUUUGCUAUUAUGUACUUAUGUUAUUUUUAGUUGACCCACUUUUUAUUUCGUA